AGAUUCAUGACAUCAGUCUGUGGCGAAGGAACAGACGGGAAGGCUCAGACUGAAACAGCACUGAAAACGGCUCCUUUGUUACUUUCAGCACUUUGUUUUUCAUGGAGCAUUAGCUGUGUUAUCCUCAGCACUUCAUUGGUAUCGUCAACGUACCUGAAGAACUCAAUUUUGAAGUUGAAACAGACUUCAGUUUCGAGUGAAGAAGCAAGUCUUGCGGGAUAGAGCCAUGCAUAAAGAGCGAAGUGCUGGUGUUUGUGCAGCUGAGGCCUCAGCCAAGCGCCUGUCCUGGAGCUCCCUGGUGCAGAAACUGAGCCACAGCCUGGACUCCGACUCCGAGGGCAACAGCAUUAGAGACGAUGUGUCGGAUUCUGGUUCACUGUCUUUGCCAGACUUGUCAAGUCUUGAAGGUGAUAUGUUUUAUGACCCAAUGGAAGAGAGCCUCUGUAAGGAAAUGGUGCAGCUGAUUGCCCGCAGCCUGACUGAAGCAAAAGACUGCACUCUCCACUGCUCCAAACUGCUCAUCCCAGAGAAACUUCUGGAGCACAUUGGUGAGGAGCUAGUACACUUGGCUGCAAGUGAGCCAUGUGGCCUGCGGGGGGCGCUGAUUGACCUGUGUGUGGAGCAGGGAGACACCUACAAGUGUGCUGGGCAGAUAGCAGCCGACCCUUACCUCGUGCCCACCUUUCAGCUCACACUUGUACUCAGACUGGAGUCAGGCGGCAUUUGGCCUAAAAUCCAAGGCCUGUUUGCCACCAAGUCCUCAACUCCAGUUGUGAAACAUGCCCUCAAACUAAGCACUGGCUUCAGGGUGAUCAAGAGAAAACUCUAUAGCUCUGAGGAGCUGCUUAUUGAAGAAUGUUGAACGCAAAUGUCUCCUCAACCUCCAGUGGCUGUCAGUUCUUAGAGAAACUUGUUACUUUUUGGUGACCUAUGAUAUUGCCAGCUGAGGACUGAAGUGACUGCCUUUUGACAACUGACUGCCUGAGGCAAUAAACCCUGUAUUUUGUAA